CUGAAAGACGAUGGAGGACCUACAACAGUGCAGAAUGUUCUUCUCGUCAUUCCAGUGAACUUGCUGGAGCCUCGUAUUGCGCGGGGGUGAAAAAUCAUGUCAAUUUGAACACCAAGGAGGAGACCGCGAUGAUUUCACGCUCCCUUCAAAUGACCAGCUCUCACCACCACAAGAGAACCUGGACCAUCUAGACCCGCCUCCACUUUAGCCUAACAUCUCCACAUGCAGACUUUCGGCCUGGCGGCCGUCCCAACAAAUCCCUCCAUGCCCCACCCUUCGGACCAUGGGCUGCGUCAAAUCCAAGAGGAGCGCUUCCUACGCCGACGGUGAAUCCGCCAGGUCGCGGGGCGAGAAGGCCCACUUGGUCCACUCGGAGGACGGUUCUCCUCGGGCCGACCCGGCACUGCUGGAGUACGCCCAAAGACUCUCGGAGGAGAUAAUGGCUCGGGCCGUGCAGCAGUGGGCGGAGGUGGAUCGGCGCUACGGCGACAUCCCUUACAUUGAGUGUGACGUCCCGUGAGGACAGGCAAUUUUUCCGGCGUAAAGAUUUCAGGUUCUAGCUUGGAAUCUCAGCCGUUCUGGCUUUUUCCCCACAUUCCAGUCCAAGGUGGACUUUCCCAUGAUUCACUGCCAUUGUUGUGUUUAGAUACUUAUGAGUGUUUGACUCCAGAAUCCUCACAGUAUCAAAUAAGAUCAGUCCAUGGUGGAGCCCACUUCGCUCACCUAAUUUUUAAUUGUAGACUGAAUCAGUAAAACACAAAAUGUUUCUUUUCGUAAAGUCCCAUCUAUUUUGCAUCGACAGAAAUGGACCAAAGUGUUCCGUGGUCCUCUGAACCAGGAAGUAGACUGCUCCGCGAAGGCGUGUGAAGGAUUUAGGGCGAAAUGCGAGCCAUUUGGUUUGUGACCUACUUUCCAGAUUGGAUUACACUGAACUGAUUCUAGAAAUUGAUGUCGGAGGCCAAUCCCGCCCAUAUUUUUGGAUUAUGCACAUCAAAGCCAGAGGGUCAACGUCCUCAUUUGUCCUCCUUAGCACUUCGUGUUGGUUCUUAGUGACUGGAGUUGGCCUUCAUUUUACAGUUUUUCCACUCGCCUUAAUGUUUUCACUUCUAUUGCCGUCAAUGGCACUGAAACAUGAUCAUUCACUGCCACGGUCACUAAACAGUGGGGCUAAUUUUAUACGUUUUAAAUGGUGGGAAAAAAAAAACGUUUAUCUCUAAUUUUAAUUCCUUCAAAUCGUUCCAGAAAUGCUUCGCUUGUCCAUGAACUAGGACACCCUUUUUGGGGGACUCUGAUCAAGCAAACAUGCAGCCAGCCCGGUUUCAAAAUGUGGUCAACUGUAUAAUAAGUCUAACCUAGAAAAUACUGCUGUGUGUGUUCCCAAAAAAAAAAAAAAAAAAAAAAAUAUGCAAACUUAUCUCCACAAGUCUCAUGGUGUAUUGUGGGUCAAAUUGAUCCCUUUUUUCAAAAUAAAAACAGAGAAAUA